CUAGCAAACUUUUCGUUAGUCUUCGGGCGGAUCUUUAUCGGUGCGGAUCCGUGUUGGGCGCGGUCAAAAAAUUAAAAAUUUAAAAAAAACCUCAGAAACUUAUUAAUUGUGAUUUAACUGUUGUGAUACUAGUUAGAUUUAUGGAAAAUAUUAAAGUUGUGCACUAGAUUCACAAGAAUUUGCAAAUUUUAGACGUAAGAAUAUCAACAGGCAAAUAAAAAGAAAAAAAUAAAUUACACCCAGUUCUUUGGCACCAUCCCACGCGCACGACCACCUCAGGGUGAAUAAAAAAUGGAUGGAGGCAGUGGAAGUAGCAACUCGGAUCCCCGGUUCGAGUUCCUUGGUUCGUUUGUGCAGAAAACGCUCAAGUUGAAGCCGGAAAAAUGGCACCGUUUAGUCACAUUUGAAGAGCACAAAGCUGUUAUGAAGGAAUUUUUCGAUAAUCCUGCAUCGUUAGUCUUGAUAAUUAUACUCACUCCAUCGGCACAGUUAAUCCCUAUAGUAAGUUUUCCUAUUCAACAGUUAAAAAAUAAAGGAGUUUAUUUUGUUAAGAAAAAUGCGAUAGAAGUACCCCGCGAGGGUUGCAAAGAUUGUUUAGUAGUAGGUGAUUUAGCGACUCGCACUAUCGAUCAGCUCUCAUGCCUUGUGGAUGAAAUCUUCGUACCCCUGCUGUCCAACUCGGAAAAUCACCAAGGGUGGCCGGAAAUGGUCGCACAAGACGUACAAAAGCAGGUUCACAGCCUGAAAAGCACCGUCUAUCAAGUCCAGGGUCAAGUUAGUGGACAGACCGUUCUACCAAUGCCCGUAGGAGUUGAUAAAUGUGUGCAGACCGCAAAAGAGCUAGUGGUCAAUGCAGAAUGUUCGAUCAAUCUCUAUCUGAAGAGUGCGAUCGAAGGCGUUGUAAUCAAAUGGGCCACCCAGGUGAACGACGUAAUGCUUGAAUCCAGUGCGAAUGCCUUCAACGGCGGUCAAAAUCCAGUCCCUUCCGCUGAGAUCAACUUUUGGAAUAACCGGUUGAAAAAUCUUACUUAUAUCUACGAGCAGCUACGUCAUGAGAGAAUCCGAAGCAUGGCACUUAUUUUGGAGUUCACCGAUAGCGCAUACUAUCCUUGUUUUAAGACACUGUUUAAAAAUGUAGUUACAGCCCUGGCUGAAGCACGUGAUAUAACACUGUACCUGAAUCCCCUAACUCGGCAUUUCCAACAGUUGGAGGAUACCGAGUUUUCCGAGUGUAAGGUGCUGUUGAAACCGUUGAUGCACGUCGUUUGUUUGAUUUGGUCCAACUCACUGUACUAUUGUCACUCUGCAAAGUUAAUCGUUUUACUCAGACAAAUUUGUAACUUGAUCAUACAACAGGUAACAAUUACAAGAGAUAUCCAUCUCAAAAAACACAGGUUGUUCGUAAUAUAAACUACAUCAUUUCCA